UUUAUAGGUAACAAAAAAUUUUCUAGAGAAUUUAGUGUCGAUGGUGUUAGUCACAUAGACUUUUACGGUACUCGUCAUAUCGCGGAAAUCAAAAAACACGCGGAGGGGAUAUAGUUUACCUAAAUAUAUAAAUAUCAUUUGAUAUGAAAAAAAAUUAAAUAAUUUAUGGUUAACAAUUUAAUUAACUAAAGGUCAAUAACAUGUGCAAACGCUUUAUAGUAUUUGUGGGGUAAACCGGAAUAUAAAAAGUAUUGAGAUGUUACUCUUUAAGGUGUCAUUCUUCGGGGAAAGCAAAAAGAGGAAUUUCAUUGGAUGAGAUAUUUUUCACCUGUGUUUAUUAAAGACAAUAUAUUAAGCUGGGUCACGAUAUACAGUUAAAGAAGCAGGUUACGAGUACGCAUAUAACGUAACUUUAUCAACGAUAGAAAAGAAGGGGAGAAGAAUAGUAGAAAAGGCGACGAACCAGAGGGAGUAGUUGCGCGCGCAGGUGGCGCGAUACCGGUGCGUCAGAAUCAGUGGUCAUCGGUGUUUCGCCCGGGAGAGGGAAAGGAAAAAGAGAGAAAGGUAGAACGAUUCUGUGCAGUGUGAAGAGAAAUAGAACAGCUGCGCGAGAGAGUAAGAAAGGUACAACAAAUUCAUAUCAGCGAAUGAAAAAGAUAGAAGAAGAAAAGAGGGAGCAAAGGGGAUAUACAGGGAGACACACACGAAAGUGCUUGCACACGGGGCGGGCCUGUCAGUCUCAACCACUUCGUGGAGUGUACUUUUUGUUCUGCCCUCGAGCACGCAGCUACUCUUAAUUGUUGGCUAUUUGCGUGUACACGAUUGAGAAUUUGUGACUCGCCCGAUGCAGAUUAAAGACCGUUGGACCGCGUGGUCUUGCCAAUUCUUUGCUGGUAAUCAUUUCAGUACACCGUGAGUGAGGAUUGUUGUUGUUGUUGAUCGAUCUCCCGGUUUGCCGGCUGUCAAAGUCAGUCGGGAGAAAGAAAAAUCGUGAGAGAAACAAUCGAGGGAUACUUUUGAAAUUCCUUGGUGUCAGUGGUAGUGUUGAAAGGAAGUGGUGGAAGAAAGGAAAAAGACAGGUGUGCGACCAAAGAGGGUUGUCAUGGGGCGAAGCUGUCUUCUGGUACUUUUGCCGCUGUACUUGCUGACUAUAUUCGACUUCCUCGUAGCGGCUAAUGCUUCCUCUAUUGACAGCAUGCCUUGUUCUUUAAGGCAAUUUCGAUGUGCGAACGGAGUAUGUAUACCGUAUUCGUGGGUCUGCGACUUAACGGACGACUGCCGAGACAAUUCCGAUGAAACCACCAAGGAAUGUAAAGGUUCACAGAAGUGCACCGAUUCGGAGUUCAAGUGCUCCAACGGCAGGUGCAUACCGGGAACAUGGCACUGCGAUGGCGACAAAGACUGCCAUGAUGGGUCGGACGAAGAUCCAGCCCUUUGCAGGACGAAGAACUGCACGGCGGAACAGUUCACGUGUCACUCGGGGAACGGCGAGUGCGUCGCACUUACAUGGAUGUGCGACGACAAUACAGACUGUUCGGACGGUUCAGACGAGGCUGAGUGCAACGACACCUGUCGAUCCGACGAAUUCACGUGCGCAAACAAGCAUUGCAUUCAGCAAUCAUGGGUGUGCGAUAACGACGACGACUGCGGGGAUGGCAGCGACGAGAAGGACUGCAAACCAGUCACCUGUCGUCCUGGAACCGAAUUCGCCUGUUUGCAAAAUUAUUGCAUAACGUACCGUUGGAGGUGCGACGGUGAUUUUGAUUGUCCUGAUCAUUCCGACGAAAUCGGAUGCAAGGAAUACGUGAACGGUGACCGUGUCAGUCAUUGCCACAAAAAAGAGUUCGACUGCGACGACGAUGUCACUUGUAUUCACCAAAAUUGGGUUUGCGAUGGUGACAAGGACUGUCCAAACGGAGCGGAUGAAUCGCCACAGCGGUGCCACAAUGUGACAUGCAGACCUGAUCAGUUCCAAUGCGAGGAUCAUCAUAAUUGCAUAUCAGGACAUUUGUACUGCAACGGGAAAGCAGAAUGCGCGGACGGCAGCGACGAGAAAAAUUGCACGAGCAAAGCGGUGACUUGCGAUCCGUUGACUCAAUUCGAGUGCAGCGAAGGUUCGUGUAUCCCGAUUUAUAACGUGUGCAACAAAAAUCGGGAUUGCAUCGGUUGGGAGGACGAAAGUACGGAGCUUUGUGGUGUAAACGAGUGCUUGAAAAACAACGGCGGAUGUUCGCAAAUUUGCGUCGAUUUACCUAUUGGUUUCCGGUGUAACUGCAGCGCGGGAUACAGGCUAAUAGAUAACCGAACCUGCGAUGACAUAGACGAAUGUCUAAUACCAGGUAGCUGUUCCCAAUUUUGCUUGAAUGAAAAGGGUGGAUUCAAGUGUAGCUGCGCCACGGGUUACUUGAAAGACCCCAGAGAUCAUACUCGUUGCAAAGCAGCCGAAGGUCACGCUAGUUUGCUCUUCACCAGAAGACACGACAUCAGAAAAGUAGCUUUGGACCGUUUGGAGAUGACCGACAUAGUCAAGAACACGAAAAUGGCUACUGCUCUGGAUUUCGUUUUUCGCACUGGUAUGAUCUUUUGGAGCGACAUUAACGAGAAGAAGAUCUAUAAAGCUCCAAUAGAUGAAGGCAAUGAACGCACGGUCGUUAUUGAUGAUGGUUUAACCACGUCAGAUGGACUUGCAGUUGAUUGGAUAUACAGUCACAUUUACUGGACCGAUUCUAGAAAGAGUACCAUAGAACUGGCUAACUUUGAGGGAAAUAUGAGGAAGACUCUUAUACGAGAUCGCAUACAGGAACCUAGAGCUAUAGCUUUGAAUCCGUUGGAAGGUUGGAUGUUUUGGACCGACUGGAGCGACGAGGCUCGUAUCGAAAAAGCUGGCAUGGACGGUUCUCAUAGAAUGGUUAUAGUUGAUAAUGAUGUGAAAUGGCCAAACGGAUUGACUCUGGAUUUAAUAGGCAGGAAGGUGUAUUGGGUAGACGCGAAACUGAAUAUAAUUGGAUCCUGUAAUUACGACGGUUCUGGUAGACGAACGGUUCUUUAUUCACCAGUAGUAUUAAGGCAUCCAUUCAGUAUUACAACGUUCGAGGAUUACGUGUACUGGACCGAUUGGGACAAGGAAACGAUAUUUAAAGCAAAUAAAUUCACUGGCAAAUCCGUCGAACCCGUCACGUCACUCCGAACUCUUCAGCAUCCGAUGGUCGUUCACGUGUAUCAUCCGUAUAGGCAACCAGAUGGAAUGAAUCAAUGUCAAGCAGUAAAUGGUCACUGCAGUCAUUUGUGCUUACCAGCACCCAGGAUUAAUUCGAAAUCACCUCUUCUUAGUUGUGCUUGUCCAGACGGUCUAAGAUUAUUGCCUGAUGGUUUAAUGUGUGUAGAAAAAGUUAGUACAACUGUAGCACCUACAACACAAGAAAGUAGUAAACCAUUCAAGAGACUAGAACCACUCAACGUUACUACGACAACUAUUCAUCCAGCACAUUCAACGGAUGGAGAUGGAAAAGACAGCCUUGCAAGCAAAUCAACAGGUCCUGGUUUGGUUGCUGGUAUAGUGAUAGGCGUGGCAUCCUUGGGAUUGUUACUCCUCGCUUUAGUAGCAAUAUUAUGCUAUAGGCAUUAUCUUCAUCGUAAUGUUACGAGCAUGAAUUUCGAUAAUCCUGUAUACAGGAAAACCACGGAAGAUCAAUUUAGUCUUGAAAAAAAUAGGUUUCCACUCCCCACUGCUACAGUUGGAGAAGAGGCUCAGGAACCUUUAACGAGUCCUGGAACUAACGAUUAUGUUUAAGACUCAAUCUGUCAAUGAAACGGGCAAUGAAGCAGGCUAUUGAAGUAAUGUCGACCAAGUAACGAAAUGAUGUAUAAAAAGAUAUGAAGCCCAUACACGUCGAACAUAAACCUGUCCAAUAAUAUGCCUGCAUUUGCCCGCCUGCCUGCCAACUCAGCUGUGAUUAUGUUUACUUUUUUUUGUACCGUGUCUUUUUGUUUACAAAUUCAUGCAUCUCGUCAUACAACUAUAUUAUACGUAUGUGCAACAUUUAGAUUUGCUCCAAGGCAUAAAGGGAGAAAUAUCUAGGUGAACUAUAAUAUCGUUGCCAAAUAAGCGUUAAAGCGUCGGUUUUCGAGUAGUUUAUAAGAUACAAUUCCUAUUUUAUAAUGUUCUUUUUUUUUGUUUACGUUCGUAGCAUGUAAUAUAUAUAUAUAUAAAUAUAUAUAGUAGUAUUUAUCGUUCUACGUGGGGUCACGACACAAUCUAUGUUUAAUUCAUAUAUAUACAUACAUACAUACAUAUAUGUAUAUAUAUAUUAUAAAGAGAGAAUAUUUUUAUCUACACAUAAGGUCUUUAACUUGUUAUCGUUUCGCUAUUUAUUCUGUAAGAAAUAUAAUUUCUUUGAUUAUAAUCUUCAGUUAGAUAUUAAUUGCAUCAUCAAAAUCACAUGUAUAUAAUACACAAAUUCAAAAUAUAUCAUAGAAAUAAUUUUACAAUGAAUUAGUAAUGAUAUUGAAUUAUUUACGAACGUUAUACGAUCUUUUCGUGGAUUUGUUAAAUUAUUUAUAAUAACUGUUUUAAAUCGUACAUCAUAAAAUAUUUUAGAGUGCCAAAAUGAAAUGUUUCAGAGAUUUUCAAAUUUAUGAAUAGUCGUAGCAAUAGGAACUUGUUCCUAAAUGAUUAUGAAUUUUUUUUUUUAAUAAUCUUAUAGACUUAUGAAUAGCAAUAUUGGUAUUUAAUCCCAGUAAUAGCUCAAAAUCCAGUGACGUUGAAGCAUGUAAAUGUUUAACUCUUUUUUUGUACAUGAAAGUAAAUUUCUCCUUUUAUGUCAUUUAUAUGAUGCAUACAAGCAAUAUUUUCUUGCAUUGUUCACAGAAUAUUUUAAUAGCUAUCUACGGUUACAUAGGUGGCCCAUAUCAUAGCAAAAUCACUUGUCCCAUAGACAUUCUGUUAACGUUAUAAUUGUAAUGUAAUAGAUUCAAAACCGACUAGAUGUAAUAAGAUCAGCUCAAUGACACUAAGAGUGACUGUGUGUCUGUUAAAGUAAAACUGUUGUUUAGGUAUUUCAACCUAUUAAGAAAAUGAUCAGUGUAUAUGUAUAGAAAUACUGCCUCGAGUUUAAGAGUUUUACUUAUUAUAUAUACUUUAUGAUUAAUGAAAUUAAAUAAUUAAAUGUGAGACAGACAUUCUUCUAGAUAAGAUUAUUAAGAAAUGAUAAUAUUAGGACAAGCUAGAUGCCGUGUAUAUUAAUAAGUAGCAAAAUAUAUACUUACAGAUUUUAAUUUAGAUAACUUCGGUUUCUAAGGUAAUAAAAAUAAAUAGUUUGUAUAGAGAUUACUUUUCAUUU